UAGGAAACUUCCCAACACCCACACCCACACGCACCCCGCGUUUCAAAAAUCAAAAUUCAUCUUCCCAAUUCCCUUUUUAUCUUUUUCCAUUACCUCCAUAUAUUUCAAUUUUCACAUCAUACACAUUUCUAUUUCUCUCUCUCUCAAAAAAAAAAAAAAAAAAAAAAACUCUACUACUAUAUAUACUUAGCUAGGGUUUUGUUUUCUUCAAUGGGGCAACAAUCGUUGAUCUACAGUUUUGUUGCUCGUGGUACUGUAAUUCUGGCUGAAUACACUGAAUUCACCGGUAAUUUUACAAGUAUUGCUUCACAAUGUCUCCAGAAACUUCCUGCUUCAAAUAACAAGUUCACUUAUAACUGUGAUGGACAUACUUUUAACUAUCUCGUUGAACAAGGCUUCACAUAUUGUGUUGUUGCUGUGGAAUCUGUUGGAAGACAGAUCCCAAUUGCAUUUUUAGAGAGAACCAAGGAGGAAUUUACCAAGAAAUAUGGAGGAGGCAAGGCUGCUACAGCUGUUGCUCAAAGCUUAAACAGGGAGUUCGGGCCCAAACUGAAGGAGCAGAUGCAGUACUGUGUAGAUCAUCCAGAGGAAAUCAGUAAGCUUGUGAAGGUGAAGGCUCAGGUUUCAGAAGUUAAGGGUGUGAUGAUGGAAAACAUUGAAAAGGUUCUUGAUCGUGGGGAGAAGAUUGAACUUUUGGUGGAUAAGACUGAGAAUCUUCGCUCCCAGGCACAAGAUUUCAGGACGCAAGGAACAACAAUGAGGAGGAAGAUGUGGUUGCAGAACAUGAAGAUCAAGCUUAUAGUCUUGGGGAUUAUUAUUGCCUUGAUUCUGAUCAUAGUUUUGUCAGUAUGUGGUGGUUUCAAAUGUCACUAGUGCAGUUCCACAUCCUUAGUAUACUGGAUGUUGAUUGAAAAUUGUGACACUUAAAUCUUUGUAGCAUUGGCUUGUCAGUUCAUUAUAAUUCUUUCUUCUUUUGUUUUAAUAUCUUUUGCUCCAUGCUCUGUAUCAUGGGACACUGCUUGUAUAGCUUGUAAUGCUGAAUUCUUUAGUAUACUAUCGGAAGAGUUCCCCUCCUA